AUGUACGGCAGUGCGCUCCAGAUGAAGUCGCGUAGUAGUGGGAGUCGCAAGCGACAGAAUGUGGUGCUCUCAACUUCGUUUGUCUCCACACGAAGGAUGCAGGCUGACGAGGGCGCAGUGACCGUACCGUCGAGCCCAUUGCAUACGCGACAACGUAACAACACACUAGGAAGCCUGCGGCAGGAAGUGCGUACACUGGAAUCGGAACUUGAACGGCUGCAAAGUCAGCGACAAGAGGUGGAGAAAGCGCGGGAGGCUACUUCGACGGAGAUCUACCAAGGCACAUACACACGGGAUCAUCUGCAGCGACAUUCACAGCGUCUCCAAGCGAACACGCAGCUGCGAGACAUCGGGAAGAACAUAAAGCGGUUAGAGGAGCAGCUUUCGCAGGUAAAGGCAAAAAUAGACGCGAUAUUAUCGCUAGUCAACAAGCUGCCCGAGGAGCCCGCCGAAGGUGAGAAAGCCGACGAGCGCACGACUGGAAUUGGGGUACCACUUGGCGCCUCGGUAUCUGCAUCCAAUAGCAGCAGUGCAGGCAGGCUAUCCACCCCUGUUGCAUACCACGACGCAGAAAACGUAUACUAUACUGAUUUCGCAGACGACUACAUCCAAUAUUCGUAUUUUACGGAUGAUGAAGGGGACAGAACAGUUGACAACACAUUCCAAGAUUUUGGGUCUGAGCUAGAGGGUGACAGCGAUACCAGGAGUGAUCAGCACAACUCAUUGCAACCUGAUAAGAAGGCCAAGGAGAUUGCUACUGCCACCUGGCUAUUCAGUGAUUAUUUACAGAGCUUACAGGAUAGUAAUGCGUCGCGGGAAUUCAUAUUAACUAAGGCGAAUAGUCUUGUUGCCUUGUUGAGCAAGAAUCCAGAGAUAAAACAUGAUAUGGUGUUUUCUGCUUUUUCAAAUACAAUCAAUAGCCUGCUGAUGUCGCCAGAUAAGCUGGUCACCUCAGCAGGGUACCGUAUUUGCCGAUAUUUGAUUACUGACAACAAAUUUAUCGAAAAUUUGAUGUUACUUAGGAUUGAUGUUUUCCUUGUCAUAUCGCUAACGAAGGAUAACCGGCACGAUAUGGAGCGAGAGCAGGCAAUUAAACUUGUUCGCGAAUUUAUUACUUAUGAUGCUGGAAUAAACCAAGCUAUCGUGCAAGUAAUCAUAAGCUGCGUCGAAAAAACCGACGAUAAGCUGCGAAUGGUGUGCAUUGAAACUUUACUAGAGCUGGCUCUUGUUAAACCUGCUAUCGUCAAAAAAUGUGGGGGAUUUCGUGUGCUAGAGUCGCUGCUUACUGACUCUAGACUGCAGGUGUCACUCUUAGUCUUGGAGACUUUUUUAAGCAUGAUGGACUUGCAAGCUACACGGUGCUAUGUGGUCGAAUAUUGUAACGUCAGUUCCAUCUUAUCUGCCCUUUCGGAUUGGCAGUCGAAGUCUUCCUUGAACGUCGAACGCCUACAGAAUAGUAUGUGCAUGAUGGCCCGGCUGUUCAAGAACUAUAAUGGGCUUAUUAUAUUGUCGCGGAAUGAGUUCCGACCUCUAAAAGAGUUGAUAUCAUUCCUACAGGCGCCCGUGGUUGCACGUUAUGUUUUAGACCUGCUUCUGGAUGUACUGCUGAUCAAACCGUUACCAUACAACGAAAAGAAAGGCACGAGCUCGCGCUUGAUCACCUCGCAGUUCCCAAAUUCACCAGCUGCAAAUCAGUAUGUGGCGCUUGUAGUACGAAUGCUAGGAGAAGCCAAUCUGGUCGAUGCAUUGGUCUCCAUCCUUUUAAAUACGAGGUAUAAUGACAACCUCAACCAUCCUAAACGUAAUGUAUUAUUUUCGAAAACAAGGCACGCUCUCGCAGAAUAUUUGAGUUUAGCGGUGAAUAUCAAUAGUUGGAACCCGGACUAUGUCUCGAAAAUACACCAAAGCCUAAGUUCCAUCAAAUUCACAGAGGCUUUUUUGAUAGAAAGAAUAAAUUCUAAGCUCAAUAAACACCGUACAACUCUAGGGAUACCCAAUCUUAACAUGCAAAAAACCAUUAUCAACUUCAGCAAGGCUGUGACAAGAGCUACUCUUUUGACUGAUGUGGAUGAAUUAGUAUUUAAGAAAAUGGUUUUCGACACCCGGGUAUUACAGACUAAGGAUUUUUCCCAGUGGAAUUGGGAUGUUUUAAGCGAUCUUUGCGAGGGACCACUCUGCAAUCCAAGAAGACUAGAGGAGUUGUCUAGGACAACAAAGUUUAUAAGGAGACUUCUGGUGUUUUACCGUCCUUUUCGAUACCGAUUCUCGACAGUAUAUUCAAAGGCCAAUAACGCCAAACAAUACGUUAAAGUUGGCUGCCAGUUUUUCAACACACUACUACAACAUUAUGAGGGCAUAAAGGUGCUUCUAGAUGAUAGCAAAAUCAUUCCUCAGCUCGCCAGUACUCUCUAUAAGGCUAUGGAAGGGCAUAUUUUACCCAGUAAGCUCUUCUCCUCUUGGGCUCUCCAGAAUACGUUAUGUGGCUCCUACUUCAAAUUCCUCGGAUUGCUAAUGAAAUCUAAGGAAGGAAUCAAUAUAUUAGAAAAAUGGAACAUGUUCACUGUCAUCUAUAAAAUGUUUCAGCCAUCACCCCUAGCGGAAGAAUAUUUGUUACUCAUGCUUCCAGAGUUGGACCUCUCUCACAGCAUACAUUGUAGGAUUAUUUUUAGCAAAGCGCUAGUCGACAGUAGAGAAGUCAUAAGGAUCAAUGCUACCAGGGUUUUAGGCGAAAUGAUCAGCAGCGUCAAAUUAUCUGAUCCCACUCUGGAAGAGUUCAUGUUAAACCUGUUGGUCGCUCAGUUGUACGAUUUAUCGAGUGAAGUGGUAGCAGUGGCCGACCAGAUACUGUACCAUUACUGUUUAAGUCAAAGUAUUACUCUGGCUUUAAAGCCUGCUAUUGCAGCUUCUCUGAAUCAACUGGUUUUCAUUGGGUCUCCGAUUUUAUUUGAACUUAUGGCUAGUUCAGCUGGAUUUAAGCUUUUGAAUAACAUUAGCUACAUCGAGAAGGAGAGAUUGUUAUGGUUGGAGCGUAAAAAUCGGGAGUACGUUCAUAUAGUCGAAGAAUUCCUCGAGAAAGAGCUGCGUAAUGGUGCAUCAUCUGACAAUUCGAUCCACACUAAUCUGCCAUUGCACUUCUACCAUAGUUUAGCUCGGUCAGAAGAAGGCAUAAACAUGAUACAAAAGAAUGGUGAUUUUCUGGCGUUCACUAGUUCCAUUAAAAGGGCCUUACAGGAAAUGCCAAAGACAUUGGAUGAAUAUUCCAUUCUAAAGAGUAAUAUAUGGUGCUGCGGAUAUAUAGGGUCCACUGAGCUUGGCAUAAAAUUGCUUGAUAAACAUAAUGUAAUAGGCGAUCUUGUCGAGCUCGCCAUGACAGAUGAGAAUCCGACAGCACGUUUCACGGCAUUUUAUGCGCUGGGGCUAAUUAGUAAAACGGAGGAAGGCUGUGAACUAUUGGACGAGUUGGGCUGGGACUGUUGCAUCGAUGUUCGUCGCCAGCCAGUUGGUAUUUGCGUACCAAAUAACAUCACCACCUUUCUCAGUUAUCCUCAAGAGAGCGUCGAGAAAACAACCGUUUCGGAAGGUAUCGACCAAUUUGACCACGGAAUUUCGGAGGAGGACUUCCCCCCACUGGAGGUAUCACAAUACAAGUUGAUACAAUACUCUGAAAAGGUAGAAAGGGAUGUCCUGACAGACAACCAAGAGCUUAAAUCCAUUCUCGAACACAGGGCUAGACAAGUGAAUGCACAGCGGAGAAUUGAUUCUACCCCAUUGCAGUUCCAGGAUGACCCAGUCUCCGCCAAGAUAUUCCGGCUCGUUGGGAAACUCGGAAAUCAUAUCCUGACCAACAGUGCGAUAAAGGAACUCACCGAAUUGGAGUCACGUCACGGCGCCUCUAAAUUCGAGACCCAAGAGAUGUUCAAUGCUGUGUUUAAUCUCAUGGCGCAGUACCGUUUCAAGCCCUCCGUGCGCAAGUUCCUCUGUGAUGUCUUCAUCAACAAGCGAGCCCUGGAAAACAUCGCCCGCCGCGAAAGACGUAGGCGGAAGUAG